AUUUAUCAUCAUGUUGCCUUAGUUAUGCUUAUGAUAAUUACUAUGGUUUGACAAACUAAAUCAGUUUGUCAUGUUAACCUUUUUCAUUAUUAUGUUUUGAUUUGAUUGUUUCCUAAUAUUGACCCAUUGUGAUGGUCAAGGUGUUGAUCUGAUUGUAUCGAGAAUGGACUUUAUGAAAACCAAAUUAACUUUGUACAUUCUACCUCAUCGUAGGCGUAAUUGUUUAAUCAUCUAUUUAAUUUUGUUAAUUCUCUUUGUAACAUUAGUUGUACACAAAAUUUAUCUCACAACGCGAACCUGGACUGAGGACGAUUGGUUUAAAUUAAGACCCACCGGUGGAAUCAUAAAUUAUCAACAUGAUUACCUGAUCCAAAGUGAACCCGCUUGUGAUGAUUCAACUCAACUUGUGGUGUUUAUAUUUAGCCGACCUGAAGCCUUUUCCGUCCGAUCUGUUUUACGGAAAACUUGGUUAUCGAUGGGACCUGAAGAUCACUCAGUGGUCUAUAGAUUUAUCCUUGGAUCCGUUAAGGAUGAAAAAACUUCCGCCCAGGUUAAAAAAGAGUCCCAACAAUUUGGUGACAUAAUUUUAGAUCAAACUUUUUCCGAUUCGUAUCAACUACUUGUCCUUAAAACAAUUUCCAUGGUCAAUUGGGUUACUAAUUAUUGUCCAAAUGUCGACGCCAUGUUGAAAACCGAUGAUGAUUCCUGGAUAAAUGUACCAAAGUUACUUGAAAUUAUACCAACUCUUAAAUCCGGUAUUCAUGGUCAUGUUUACAGAUUUUCAGGAUCAUCGACUGACCCUAAUGACCCUUGGUAUAUGCCACCGGAAACUUAUCCGUUUGGACAUUAUCCCGAUUUCACCAGUGGCUCAGGCUACUUGUUGGUUAACCAUGGUACCCGAUUGUUCAAUAAGCUACUCAAAACUUUGUCCACGAUACGAACAAUCUGGACGGAAGAUAUUUUCCUAACUGGCCUGGUCGCUGAAAAAGCGGGAAUCCAUCGGUACCACCAUGAGGGAUUCAAUCCAACCAAAGUGCCCACCGAUCAAAUUUGCCACUACAAACAUCUAAUAUCCUCUCAUAAGCUUAAUGAAUAUGAUUUGUCCCAAAUUUACACUUCGCUCACUGAUCCUAAUUUGAAUUGUUGACAGUUAAUUAAACAACUUUUUUUCUAUCUCUCUCUUUGCCUUUUCAAUUUAGCUCAAUCAAAUUAAAUAUUUUCUCAUUGUAAUAAAAAUUUAAUUAACCUUAACAA